CCGGUCUCCUUCCACCCCCAGUCUGCAUCCGCGCAAAACAUCAUGGGCUGCGGAACCUCCUGCUGCUCAACGGCAGACGCGGCGCUGGAGCUGGAACCGCUGGGUAGCGCCAGCGGCUUGCAGCGGCAUGCGCUACUGGUGGGCUUGGACUAUGAGGGCAACCCACAGAAGUGGCCCAGCCUCACGGGCACCAAGAACGACAUGAGGUCGCUGGCAGAUGUGCUCACCUUGGGCGGCUUUCCCAAAGAGAAGAACGUGCGGCUGUGCAUAGAGGCAAAGGAGAUGACCAAGGCAAAGUUCCUUCAGGAGCUGGACGACUUGACCGCCAAGGCCUCGCCCGAGGCCUUCAUCUUCUUCGGCUUCAGCGGCCACGGCAAGGGCAACUUGCCGGAUUUCAACCACGACGACGAAGCGGAUGGCCGAGACGAGGCGCUGUGCCUCUUCGAUGGUUGGCUGCUGGACGAUCUGCUGACGCCCAAGUUCCAAGCCAUCGCCGAUAGGGGCGCCACGGUGUGCUUCUACUUUGACUGCUGCUACGCGGGCGGCAUGUUCGAUGGCACGCCCUCGCGGAAGGCGAGCUACUUCUUCGGGGGGAAGCAGACGGAGAAGACGGUGGACUCCAUUAUGGUGGUGGAGAAUGAGGGGAAGACGGAGUACCGCUACCACGGUCAGUUUACGCAGUGGUUUCUGAAGGCCGUCACCGAGGCCGGUGUCCGCCUCUCCAACCGCCAGCUCUUUGAGAAGAUCUCGGCGCAGCGCCGCACGGAGCGGCAGCAGCAGCCGGUCUUCAAGAGCGGCCGCCCCGACGAGCCCUUCCUCCUCUGAGUCAGUCCGGGACGCGCCGGACGCAUGGGACAGUCUGAAGGCCCCGCACUGGCCAUUGUCUUAGACAUGCAUUUCACCGGCGUCCGAAAGGCUCGCUCCGCAAGGAUUUCACCCGCAGACUGCACCGCAGACAGCACCACGAAGCCAGUGGCUAGGGUUGGGCCAACAUGAAUUGGG